AUGUUUAUCAAAGGGCUUGUCGGAAAACUCUGUUUUGCUUCUUCAGAACAUGGAAACGUUUGGCUAUGUUCAAAACACACGAAUAUUUCUUUGAAGAGGAAAAACAUCAACAAACGUCAGGCGAUGCUGAAGUGCGGACUUUUGAAUGUAAGAUCAGCUGUCAACAAAGCCCUAUUGCUUAAUAAAGUUAUACGUGCAAAUAACUUAAAUGUUUUCAUCAUCACGAAAAUAUGGGUACCAUACGACGCUCCAAAUGCCAUAAAAUAUGGUUUGACCCCAGAGGAGUACACUAUCUUGCACUGUCAUCGUGGCUCAUCUCAGAACAAGAGUGGAGGAGGUCUGGCGAUUGUGCACAGCAACCUUCUCAAAGCCACCUUUAUUGUUGAUGACAUGAAAUAUCUUGGCUUCGAAAAUCUCACAGUUAAAUUCAACACAUAUUCAUAUUCUUUCAUCAUCAGUUCAAUCUACAGGCCACCAGGUUACGUUUCUACAGAUUUGAUAAAUGAAUUCAGUGAUCAUGUCGACACCAUCACCAAUUUCAACAUCCCAUUCAUCGUUUUUGGUGAUUUCAAUGCACUGGAGCAGCUCAGAGUCAUUGAAUAA